CCAAUGCCUCACAAAUCCUAACCACCUUGUCGAGUUGUAAUUUUCGGUGUUAAUUCUAGCAGGACCGUUGUGUUAUAAUAAAGAGCUAACAGAAAGAAAGAAACGUUAAAUUAAGAUAAGUUCCCCGCCCCCAUAGUAGUCUGAUAACAAUUUUAAUAAUAGCAUUCAUUUCAAUUUCAGAGCUCGUGAACAUGAACGAUCGAUCAAAAUUGGCGGGAUGCGCGAGCUUUUUUUCAUUUCAGCGUUAGCUUUAAUGUCAGUCGACCUGUCAAUAAACUUCACGUUUAGGAUUAUAUACACACAAAAUUCAAAGCAGGUGUCUUAUUGGCUCUGAAUCUGUAUUUGAGAGAAGCUGAAACUGAGAACGCUGUCAGUUUUCUCAAAGUACUGAAGAUGGUCUUCUUCACACAACUCUUCACCUCUAAACGUGGACCCCUGGCCAGGAUCUGGCUUGCAGCCCAUUGGGAAAAGAAGAUAACCAAAGCCCAUGUGUUUGAAUGUAACCUGGAGGCGACGGUAGAGGAUAUUAUUUCUCCACGGAUAAAGAUUGGGCUGCGGACUUCAGGUCACCUGCUCUUGGGUGUUGUGCGGAUCUACUCUAAGAAAGCCAAGUAUCUCCUCGCAGACUGUAAUGAUGCUGUGGUUAAAAUCAAAGUGGCUUUCCGACCAGGACAGUUGGAUCUGCCUGAGGAAGGGAUGGAGGCCAUGGUUAAAGCCAUUACACUGCCUGAGGAUUUCAAUGACUUUGAGUCACAGCUGCCUGAUCUCAACACUAUCGAUGUGGUAGAUCACUUCUCACUGAACCAGAGCCGCACAGAGGAAAUCACUAUGAAGGAAAACUUUGGAAACAGUUUUCUCACCAUGGAUGACUUGGGAGAUGAAACCCAAUCUCAUCAGGGACUGUUUGACACAAGUUUCCAAAGUGUUGGUGCAAAUGGUGAUGGGUUUGGUGAUGAGGGCAUGGCUUUUGAUCUUGUUGGUAAUUUCAUAGCAAAUGCUAAUGAGAAUGCAUUUCUGACUGAUUCGUAUGGUGAAUCAUUAACUGAGGUCCCUGCAACACCCCCACCAACUGCUAUUAAUCCUACAGAACCUUCCACAGCUACUUCAGAGGCCUUGCCAGAUACUCCCACACUGAAUGAGACCACACUGCUGGAGAAUACAGAGGAAGGCUUUGCUCUUGAACCUGUGGCUGUUACAUUCUCUUCAGAGAGGAGGAAAGGGAGCAGGAAAAGGAAGCUGGUGAUAGAUCAGUCUAAGGAGCUUUCUAAUGAAACCAUCAAAGCCCAGCUAGCACACUAUUCUGACCUGCUGACCCCACUUGACCUAGCUCCACCCACACGGCAGCUCAUGGACUGGAAGGAAAAUGGGGGCGUGGAUUAUCUCUUUUCACAUUUCUGCACUCCUGUCAUGGAGAAUGAUUUGCAGAAGCUCUUCCCUAGAGAUGUGUUACCUGGGGAAAAGGGGCCAAACAGAAAAGCUGGAGAUGAUAGUGACCCCAAGGAGACGAGGGAGCAGGCGAGAGAGGCUGAGAGUGAGAGCACUGCUGUGCAUAUGGUGGAGGAGAUGAGCUUACUGCAAGAGACUGUGGAACAAAGCAGAGCAGCAGAGGAAUCCAGCUUUAUUGAACCAUCUUUCACACAUGCAGAGCCUCCAGAAUCCAAAGAAAGCAGGCUGGAGGUGUCGCAUCCAGAGCCACUUUCUGAGGAGUCUAUGCUGGUUCAUCCAUCUGAAACAGACAGUGAAACACCACUGAUGCACACACAGACACAGCACUCUUUCUUGGACAGCCAGAACAGUGAGGAGAAGAGAAUGACUAGUCGAGCACAGAAUCUCCUCCAGGCCAUCAGAAAGCAGAACAGCAGCCCUGAUGCCACAUUCAGCCUUCAUGAAAUGUGUGAGAAUCGCAGUCGAUCCAACACAGCGGCCACAUUCUUCUGUCUGCUGGUGCUGAAGAAACAGCAGGCCAUAGGCUUGCAGCAGAGUGCCCCCUACAGUGACAUCAUCAUCAUACCUGGUCCCCGUUUUCAGACGCUUUAGGACAGAGACAUUAAAGAAGAGCCCUUUUAUGAAACUUCGUCCACCUGAGUACUGAGGCACUGGAGUUUUAAGGAGCACCUUAACGGGUCUGUUAAACAACAUAAAGCAAAAGAUGUUCGCCGUUUUGAGAAAAGCACUCGUACUGUUUCUCUUCCUGUUCUGUCCUCCAUUCUGAGCUCUGACCUGCAGGACAUAAUUGACUAGAAUUUAUCCUGACACGAAACAAAAUGGACAGGUUUUGUUCACAGGUUUUGCGUUUCAGUACGUUUAGUGGACUUAAUAUUCAACCAGAAAGUCACACACAGUUGUGUGUGUUGUAACCAGUUUAAAAGUUGUUGUUUUUUUUGUGGGGUUGCAUGAGACUUAGUUCUGUGUUAUAUUCCACAUCCUUGUUAUGUUUAUCUUUGUAAUCUAAAGUUCUUAUUUUAUGGAAACCAA